AUGUUCUCCAACUUCGUCAGCAGGAAGACGUCGGGCGAACGGCAGCAUCGUCCCGAGUCCAACAGCGGCAGCGGCAGUGGCAGUCCGGCGUCGGCCUACGAGCGAAUCCGGCACCCUCACCACAUCGAAGCCGCAGGCGCCGUGCUUCCCUCGAGCCCACCACCCGCCGAGCGGCAGCGCGAUCUGGGACAUCCGAGGGGCCCGCGCCACGACAGCUCCGGCUCCACAUCCUCCAUCGGCAUGAUGCACAGGUCGCCAGCGCAGCUGCCCGAAGAGAUGCGCGCCAGGGAGAGGGAAAAGCAGCUCGAGCGAGAACGCGAGCGCAUGCGCGAAAAGGAGCGGAUGUCGUCGAGGUCGUCGUCAGCGUCGCAGCAGACUCCACCGGAGCAGCCUGCACCGACCAGGUACUCGUCCAACCACAUGGAGUCCUCAGUCACACGUCUCCUGGUGGCCACAAAGAUGCUGCUCGAGUCGCUGACCAAGUGGUCGCUGGGCGAGCGGUCCGAGGACCAGGUGUCGGACAUCUAUGUCCGCCUCGGCAACGACUUCAACUCGGCCCGCGUCGCUUUUGGCAGCUACGGCAUCGACAUGUCCGACCUCGCCUCGGUGCCAGACGACCUGCGCGCCUGCCUCGAGAGGUGCCUCUCGGAGGACGCCUCGCCCGCCGUGCUCGAGGUCCACCUGCCGCGCAUCCGCGAGAUCAUCAUCAACCUCCUCCAGGGCCUCAAGAUGAAGCAGGCAGAGUACAAGCAGUUCCUUGUACAGCAGCGUGCCGCCGCCGCCAGUCGAAGCGACCGCGACGGCGCCACCGCGUCGGCUUCCGGAUCGCGGCGCAGCAGGGGCGGCUUGUCUCGCUCCGAGCGGGUCGGAGCCAGCGAUGGGCUGCCAGCCCCGGAAACGGCCGCGGCUGCGGCCAAGCAGGAUGCCCUGCAGCGCGCCAGCUCCACUGGCAACCAGGCGCCGGCCGCCAAUCCACCCACCAGCCCCAGAGAGGCGCUUGGGCAGACGCCGCUCUCGCCUACUCUCGCCACGUCCGGCAGGUCGAGCGUGCAACGGCCGCCCAGCAGGACCUCGCGGAGCUUCGGCGAGUCGAGUUCGCAGGCUGAGGCCAGAUCCCUCCCCUUGGACGGCGAAGCCGCUCUGCAAAGGGCCAGCUCGCAUGGCGGCGAGAGGACCAUUCUUAGAGGCAGCACAGACGUCGCGCAGCCUCCUGGCGGAGGCGCCAAGCCGGUCCCGGCCGUGCCGAGCGACGUGGCGAGGCAUUCGCUGGUGGAUCCUGGUCAGGCGCCAGCGGGCGGUGCAGAGCAGGAAGAAGACGAGGAGCAGGAAGAGAUCAUCCCUGCCGUCGAGAGCGCCGAGGCCAAGCUCACCGGGGGGCGGCUCUCUCAGCGAUCCAGCGGCCGUGGCGUCCGGCACGCGACGAGGCCCUCGGUUGACAGCAACGCCGAUCCCGCCGACGCUGAUCCGAGCAUGAAGGCGCUCAAGAACCGCGAUGCUCUAGAGCGGCGGGCGAGCAAGCGCUUCAGCGCCUACACCUUCAACAAGAUGGGCGUCGGCCAAGGCUUCGGCCAGAGCUUCAACGCAGGGGCGCUCAACAUGGCCAUGUUUCCGCCCGUCAACGGCGCCCUGGGCAGCCCUUUGCCCGAGAGGCACGGCCGCGAGCAGCGUGCGAGCGGGAGUCGGCGUCUGCAGCGCCCAUCCAUGCCGGACUCGACGCCGUCCAGCGGCGCCGCCAGCCCGGCGGGCACGGCCAAGGCUGGCGACUACUUUUCCGUCCAGCCGCCGGCGCGUAGCAAGGCGCGCAACCCGACGUCGGACAAGUUUGAGCCCAUCGAGGAGGUCAAGACGCCGACGUCGGCGACGUCGGCCACUGGGCCAGACAGCCUGCCGACGUCGCAGGGACAGCCGAGGCUGCGAAGGCCUAGCGACUCGAGGGCGUCGGCGCGGAUCAACAACGGCCUGCUGUCGCCCGGGGACUCGCGCAAGGUCAUGUCGCAGGCCAUCAGCUCGACCGAUUCGCUGCCGUUUGUCGACGCCGUCGGACCGCCGUCGGACCUCGACGACCAGAGCGGCGCGCCUCCCGGUCCCACUGCCGAGGAGCGCGUUCGGCUCGACGCUGCGCAGGACGGCGCCUUGACGGGCCGGAUCGAUGCAUCGGCGGGCUCGCUCAACGUCUACCUGCAGCUCGGACGCCAGACGCGCAAAGCGACGCUCGAGCUCGACCCGUCCAACCCGCUCACGCGCGGCAUCACCAUCGCUCGACUGCGCAUGCUCUUCAUUGAUCGGUUCGCCUAUUCCCCCGGCAUGGACGACUUCCCUUCAAUCUACGUCAAGGACCCGGCGAGCGGCGUCAGCUACGAGCUCGAGGACCUCGGCGACGUGCAGGAGGGCUGUUUGCUGACGUUGAACAUCGAGCCUCUGGACCAGGUCAAGCAACACCUCGACCUGUCGCUGGGGGCCAUCACCCGGGAGCUCCGCGAGCUCAAGUCGGCCAUGACCGAGAGGGAGCGAGAGGCUCGGCGGGUGUCGCACAACUUUGGCAACGUCGGCGACUCGUCGUUCCUGGCUGCUGCCAACGCGACGCCGACCAAGAUCACCGAUUCGCAGUUCCAGGCGGCCGGCCACCGCGUGGCCCAGCUCAAGCGCGCCAACACCCGGGCGGCCAACGCUGCUGCCCUGGUUCUGGGCGAUGACGGCGUGGGUCCGGCUGGGGAGCGAUCGAGGCGGCUGUCGAUAGACGCCACGUCGACCACGAGCUCGACGCCCGGGUCGUCGGUGUCGGGCUUCAAGGUGGCGCAGGAGCUCAAGGCGCAGUACGACGAGCUGCAGGCGCUGCGGCGCGAGUUUGCCGUGAUGCGGCAGCUGCAGGGCGACUUUGACAGCGACGUCAAGACGAUCAUCGGCGGCAUCCGGGAGCAGGCCGCCAAGGUGCGGCAGAUUGCGUCGGGUGACGUGGCGGCGGAGCGCAACUUUAUCGUGGCGGGCAAGACGAAGCUCGACUCGAGCUCGCAGGAGGUGCUGACGCUGAUCGAGGACCUGCAGGACACGGUCGACGACCUCAAGCUCGACGUCAUCCAGCGGGGCGUCAAGCCGAAGCCGGCGCUGGUCAAGCAGAUUACGUCGGACAUUGAGCGGGCCACCAAGGGCCUGCUCGAGGUGGAAAAGUACGUGCAGACGGUCAAGCCGAGCUGGAAGAAGACGUGGGAGACGGAGCUGCAGAACAUUGUCGACGAGCAGGAGUUUCUCAACCACCAGGAGAGCCUGGUGGCGGACCUGCGCGACGACCACGAUGCGCUGCAGGAGGUGUUUGCCAACAUCCAGCAGGUGGUCAAGCUGCGCGGGUCGGGGCGCACGGGCGGCAAGUACAUCCCGCCGCUGCCCGAGGAGGGGCACGAGGGGCUGAGCACGGUGAUGCUCGAGGUCAAGAGCCAGGCGGUCAACCACGAGAAGCGGCUGCGGGCGCUGCAGGCGGCCGAAAAGCAGCGUCAGAAGGACCUGGCCUCGCGCUCCGACGACUUUGCCGACGAGCUGGCGGGCUUCGUCGACGGCAAGGCGCUGCGCAAGACGGGGGGCCACCUCGAGGCGGAGCGCGUGCGGCAGAAGCGCGACAAUGCCACCUUCAAGGCCAUGUUUGGCGGCGGCGGAAGCGGCGGCGCACCCGUCGCGCCGGUGCCCGGAGCAGGGGGAGGUGGCACCGACAAGCCCAAGAAGUUCAUCCUGGGCGGUGGGGGUGGCGGUGGGGGUGGCGACAAGGUCAAGGCGACGGCGGCAGCCUCGCCGCCGAAGGCAGCCGAAGGAGGCGGUGCAGUCGGUGCGAUGGAUGCGGAGGCGGAGGCUGCCGUCGAGGUCGCCGCGCCGUCGAUGAAGAAGAGCGUCAGCGCCGCCAGCCAGGCCGAGUCUGUGGCGAGCCAGAGCGGCGAUGGGGCCGCUUCACCGACCGGCGCCGCAGCGACGACCGAGACGGAGCAGUAG